GAGAAUCCAAAAUAACCCACAAUGGGCCCCACAUAUGCACAGAUUGCAAAAUCUCCAUCACUCCAUGCAUGAUGCAACACGGCCGAAGCCCAUCCACUUUCACAUGCUGAUGCAUCAGUUAAUUUAUCACGGUUCUCUUGGCGCCUAGAACUCUGUGACUCUCUACCCCAUUAUAGAUCUAAAAUCUCACAAAGGGUUCUUGUUUCUUGAUUAUUAAUCCAGAAACCAUACAAGAAAAAUGGUUUAUACACUGCCUGGAAUUCGAUUGAAUACUCUUCCAUCAAUUUCACACUCUGGUGCUGAUCGGAGGAGUACGGUUGCUGCUUCUAGCUCUACAAAUCUGUCACUCUUGUUGAGGAAAAGUUCAUUAAGUCGGAAGUUUAUAGCUGGAAGAUCUGAAUCCCAAUCAUUUAUAGUUAGUGCAACAGAGAAAGUGAUUGAUAAUUCUUCUUCAACUGAGCAAUUAGAAGCACUUGAUGCAGAUUCUGAACAUUCCAAAAUAAAUCUUGAUGAAGAACAACUUGAUGAAAUGAAUGAAAAGGAUUUUGUUGCUUCACCAGUUCUUGUUGAAGAUAUUGCAGCUAUGGAGGAAGUAGAUUUAGUUUCUUUAUUUGAUAUUGAUAAAGAAAGUGAAGAAAUUAGAAAAUUAUCGAUUCCUCCUCCUGGAAAAGGGGAAAGAAUAUAUGAAAUUGAUCCACUUUUAAGCAAUCAUCGUGAACAUCUUGAAUAUAGAUAUUCACAUUACAAGAAAAUACGUGAAGCAAUUGACAAAUAUGAAGGUGGUUUGGAGGCGUUUUCACGUGGUUAUGAGAAAUUAGGUUUCACUCGAAGCAAAACAGGUAUCACAUAUAGAGAAUGGGCACCUGGGGCAAAGUCUGCUUCACUUAUUGGAGAUUUCAACAACUGGAAUCCAAAUGCUGAUGUUAUGACCCGGAAUGAAUUUGGUGUGUGGGAGAUCUUUUUGCCAAACAAUGUUGAUGAUUCUUCACCUAUUCCUCAUGGUUCUCGAGUAAAGAUUCGUAUGGAAACGCCAUCUGGCAUCAAAGACUCGAUUCCUGCUUGGAUAAAGUUUUCAGUACAGGCACCUGGUGAGAUUCCUUAUAAUGGAAUAUACUAUGAUCCACCACAAGAGGAAAAAUACGUGUUUCAACAUCCACGACCAAAGAAGCCGAAAUCUCUUAGGAUUUAUGAGGCACAUGUGGGAAUGAGUAGUACAGAACCAAUGAUCAACACGUAUGCUAACUUUAGAGACGAUGUUCUCCCUCGUAUAAAAAAACUCGGUUACAAUGCAGUUCAAAUCAUGGCUAUUCAAGAGCAUUCAUAUUAUGCUAGCUUUGGGUACCAUGUGACAAAUUUUUUUGCACCUAGUAGUCGAUGUGGAACUCCAGAUGAUCUUAAAUCAAUGAUUGAUAAAGCACAUGAAUUAGGUCUAGUUGUUCUCAUGGAUAUUGUGCAUAGUCAUUCAUCAAACAACACAUUAGAUGGUUUAAAUAUGUUUGAUGGAACUGAUAGUCAAUACUUUCAUUCUGGAGAAAGGGGUUAUCAUUGGAUGUGGGAUUCUCGCCUUUUUAACUAUGGACAUUGGGAGGUGUUAAGAUAUCUUCUUUCAAAUGCAAGAUGGUGGUUGGAUGAAUAUAAGUUUGAUGGAUUUAGAUUUGAUGGAGUCACUUCAAUGAUGUAUACACAUCAUGGUUUACAGGUAGCUUUUACUGGAAACUACAGUGAGUAUUUUGGGUUAACAACUGAUGUUGAUGCUGUGGUUUAUUUGAUGCUUGUUAAUGAUCUUAUUCAUGGCCUCUUCCCUCAAGCAAUCUCCAUUGGUGAAGAUGUGAGUGGAAUGCCAACAUUUUGUAUUCCUGUACAAGAUGGUGGUGUGGGAUUUGAUUAUCGUUUGCAUAUGGCAGUUGCUGAUAAGUGGAUUGAGCUUCUUAAGCUAAGGGAUGAAGAUUGGAAAAUGGGAGAUAUAAUUCACACACUUACUAACAGAAGAUGGUCAGAAAAGUGUGUUUGUUAUGCAGAAAGUCAUGAUCAAGCUUUAGUUGGUGAUAAAACUAUUGCAUUUUGGCUUAUGGAUAAGGAUAUGUAUGAAUUCAUGGCAUUAGAUAGACCUUCAACUCCUCUUAUAGAUCGUGGAAUUGCAUUGCAUAAAAUGAUACGUCUUAUUACAAUGGGAUUAGGUGGAGAAGGAUAUUUAAAUUUCAUGGGAAAUGAAUUUGGGCAUCCUGAGUGGAUAGAUUUUCCAAGAGCUGAUCAACAGCUUCCAGAUGGAAGGUUUAUACCUGGGAAUGGUAAUAGCUUUGAUAAGUGUAGGCGAAGAUUUGAUCUGGGCGAUGCCGAUUAUUUAAGAUACCAUGGAUUGCAAGAAUUCGAUCAGGCUAUGCAACAUCUUGAAGAAGCUCAUAAUUUCAUGACUUCAGGACACCAAUAUAUAUCAAGGAAACACGAGGGCGAAAAAGUAAUUAUAUUUGAAAGAGAAGACUUGGUUUUCGUGUUUAAUUUCCAUUGGUAUAACAGUUAUUCAGACUACAGGGUCGGAUGUUUACACCCCGGAAAGUAUAAGAUUGCCCUAGACUCUGAUGAUAGCUUAUUUGGAGGCUUCGAUAGACUCGACCAUGAGGCAGAAUUUUUCACCUUUGAAGGAAACCAUGAUAACCGACCUCGAUCAUUUAUGGUGUAUGCACCUGCCCGAACUGCAGUGGUUUACAAGCUCAUAACUGAUGUGGUGGACCCCACACCAUUAGGGCAGCAUCAAAUUAGUUGACCGGAUUCUGGAUGCUGACGUGGCAUAAAAUUUGGGGGGAUUUUUGUUGGUAAUCUUGUUGUUAGCACUAAUAAAGUAAGGUAAUUGCGGUGUAUGUGUAGUUAAAAUGUUUGUUGCAAUGUAUAGCCU